UAAGGUAUAUCGAUAGACGUACACCCACAACCCCAAUUCCAACCGGCAAGUUCCGGAACGUAGUCUCUUCUUUAAAAGUCUAUAGAGGGAAGUGGCCAAUCCGAUGGACAAGCGCGUAACAGUCCUGCUGCCCAAUGGUCGGCGGCAGAAUGUGAACGUGACGGCGAACAUGACGCUGUUGGAGAUUCUGGAGACGGCCUGCUUCAAGCACGGCUACGAUGCGGAGGAGCACUGCCUCAAGUUUCACAACAAGGUGGUCGGAUUGACGCAACAGUUCCGUUUUAGUGGCCUGCCUAACAACUGUGUCCUGGAGAUGGAGCAAACAGAAAAGCGGCGCACACUGAGUAACGUUCUUGUCUGCGUCCAAUUGAACGACGGUUCCCGCCAGCAAGGGGACUUCUCGCCCAACGACACCAUAUGGCUGGUGGUCGAGAAGCUUUGCGAAACACAUGUAAAGGCUUACGAAAGCCCCGUCAUCAUCUACAUGCGCAGCGAGGUCAUAGGACAUGAGCAGAUGCGACAGACCACUCUUAAGUCCCUAGGAAUCCUCGAGGGUCGUGCCAUGAUGCGUCUUAUCGACAAAAAACCCGAGGACCUUAAGACCCAGGCAAAUGUGUAUAAAGCUCCCGCUGUCAAGCCUCGGGUGGACAAUGACGACCAGCCCAGUACCUCCCGCUCUGCAAUGGCAGCUGGUGGCAGCGGAGGAGGAGGUGGAUUUGCUCUUACCAGCAACAUGAUCAAGAAUUUGAAACGCACGGCUCCUGAAGAAAAGGCCAGCGGUAGCGAACCAGCCAAGCCCUUAGGGGAAUCCAAUCAAGAGCAGCAGCCUCAGCCAGAACCACCUAAAUAUGACUGGGGCAAUGGUUCCGGAUACUUAAUGAACCACCCUCCCGAGCAGAAGCAGGCAGAAAACGAAGUCGAAGAGAAUCCAGGCAGGGCUCCACCAGUGGUGAAAAUAAUUGGGCCACGCCAGGCUGUACUCUUUUCCUUGGACGAAUCCAAGAAAAAUGCGAAUGACCUGCCGGACUCAUUUUUCGACUUGACCGUCAACGAUUUGAAGAUGGUACUCCGUGAUUUAAAGCGUACGUCGAGCGGAGAUGACGACGCUCCCUUGCUGACAGCAAAGCUAAGGGAAUUGGAGCGCCAAAAGGCCAUGCUGGCUAAGCUUAACCAGUACAAGGACUGUGUGCUGCGCAUUCAGUUUCCCGAUCGCUUCGUGCUCCAGGGCAUGUUUAAGCCGCACGAGCCCCUUUCCAAGGUGGAGGAUUUUGUUCGGGAGUUUUUGGUUCAGCCAGGUGAGCAAUUCCAUCUCUUCACCAUUCCACCGAAGAAGGUGCUGCCCUCCGGUGAGACGCUCCUGGAGCUGAAUUUUGUUCCAAAUGCCAUCGUGCAUUUUGGCUUUAUCAAGGACUCGCUCAAUGCGGUGAGCAAUCGAUUCGUGAAGGAGGAGUACGUGGAUCAGUUGACCUCCGAGGAGGGAGCGCACUACGCAGUGCAAAAGUACCGCCUUACCCGUGCAACGGCCUCAGGGUCUAGUUAAUAGAUACAUACAUACAGUCUGUGUGAUAUUAAAUGAAUCCGCUUUAUUUCUAUAUAUUUUUUUAUUUGACACAUUUUAUAUAAAAUGAGAAUUGUCGUUAUAUUCUUUAUCAAAUGAAACUGGAAAACUGACAGUAAUACGCUGAGCCAGGCUUUAACAUGUUCUUUUUUUUUUUAAACAUGUGUUAGACAAAAAUCCACUAUCGCAUAACAAUCAUGAGCUGGCAGUGAUAAAGCAUUGCUAAUUUAAUUAGACCGCGACAAAUUUCUUAUUGUCAAUGUUAUCAUUACCAUGUUGUAAAUUCAUUUGCCAAUACAUCUCAAAAGUGAAAUGUACAUCUUAAAAAAAUUAACGUUUAUUGGCUUUCUGAGUGCUUGUUUUAUUAACUGCCAAGGAUUUGUCAAUUCGAACCCAAAGAAAUCUUAUGCUGCCUCAACAAUGGAACUGAUGAAACUCCUAGAGGUGGAGGAUGAACUGGUAGACAAUUUAAAGGGCUAUGUGAAAACACUGAAAAUGAAAUUCAAUUUAAUGGAAAGAUCCCUAAUAGAUAUGAGUAGAGAGAACAUGGAAAUGAAGAGUGAUUAUGAAUCGUACUUGGGAAAUCCGUUGAACAGCUUUCGACUAAUACAUCGCCUACACACGAGUUGGAGAAAAUGGUAUCAAUAUGCCAUUAAGGUCGAGAAUAAUGCUUUAGGGCACAUUGAAAAUGCCCGACUGAUGAGAAAGAUGCUACCAACCUCGUCGGAUUUGCAGCAGGCGUGUCGCGGAAUCCAUGACUUGAUGUACUUUUACGAUUUGAAGCCAGAAGAACUGGCAGCUGGUAACUUAGCAGGGUACUCGCAGCCAGGAACAGGACUGACAGCUUACGAUUGUUUAGCCCUUGGCGAGUUUGGCGUCCAAAAUCAAAAGGAUGAUCUUGCCGAGGCUUGGUAUAACCUUUCUUUGACUCGUUUUGAUAAUAUAAUCGAAAAAUACCAAGUGCACAAGGCAUGGGCACUUCUCCUGGCGAAGAAUAAGCAACUUACUGAAGCCUUUCAACAUUUCGAGAACAAGCCUGAGGGAAUAGUCGCCAGUAAUGAAGUUAUACACUUUGAGGGUGUGUUGGCGACUACGCAAAACUGCACUGCUGUGGUCCAAAAACCAAGUAAAAAACUCCACUGUCGCUACAACACCUCCACGACUCCCUUCACGCGGAUUGCCCCUCUAAAAAUGGAGGAGCUGGGCUUAGAUCCGUACAUGGUGGUCUUUCACGAUGUGAUUUACGACACCGAAAUUGAUGGGAUGCUAAACUCGAGUGAUUUUGGAUUAUCCGAGUCUGUUUCUGGUCUGAAGUCUGAGGUGAGAACGUCCAAGGACUCACAUAUAGUAGAUGCUAAAACACUCAAUGAGCGCGUAACCGAUAUGACCGGACUCAGUAUGGAGAUGAGCGAUCCAUUUUCGCUGAUUAAUUACGGCUUAGGUGGGCACUUCAUAUUGCACCAUGACUUUCAUGAAUAUACGAAUACGACCAGGCUUAAGCAAGGGGAUCGUAUAGCUACUGUUUUGUUCUACCUGAGAGAAGUUGACUCGGGUGGCGCCACAGUUUUCCCGAUGCUUAAUAUUACGGUUAUGCCCAAGAAGGGAUCAGCGGUUUUCUGGUACAAUCUUCACAACUCAGGAGCUGUAAAUUCGAAAACUUUGCACACAGCUUGUCCAGUGAUAAGCGGUUCGAAAUACGUGCUCACGAAGUGGAUAAACGAACUGCCGCAAAUGUUUGUCACACCAUGUAUGAAAGACUCGAACCUACGCCCACCCCAAAAAGAAUAAUUCUGUAAUCUGUAAUGGAAUUAAAUUUAAAUUAAAUUUGUUUUCCCUUUUCUGGAUGAUAUCCACGUUUUAUGAGCAAUGGAAAAACUUAUCUUCAAACUCGAUGCUAUGGAGAAUAACAAUCCUGAGCUGAUAGUGCUGGUCUGAAAGUCUGAAAGGCUUAUUUCACUGAUGUUAUUUUUCUUCAUUAACUUACGC